AUGGCAGCUUUGGUGCCACACGUCGAGCGCGUCGAGGACGUUGCGGCGUUCCUAUGGCAGACCAGAGAAUACUCCGACGUAACAAUCAGCACCGGUGACCACAAGGAAAUCAAUGCGCACAAGGCUAUUAUCUGCAUCCGCAAUAAGUUCUUCGAGAAUUGUCUGCGGCACGGGUUCGCCGAAUCCUUCACCAAUCGCGUAGAGCUCCCGGAGAACUUCGAGAUCGUGGAGGCUCUCCUACAGAGUCUAUAUGGUGUAGACGUGCCGUUGCUCCAUGUAUCUGGCGAGGAAUGCAAGAUUCAGAAGUUGAUCAGUCUGUACUCAUCCGCCGACAAAUAUGGCGUAGCUCUGCAGGAGAAGGUUUGCCAAACCUUUUCAGCUUGCCUCGAGAUGGUUGAAACCCCGGAAACGAUUCUCAGUAUCGCGUGGGCCGUGUACGACCAAACCCCGUACUUCGACGUUCAACUUAGAAGCGCCACGAUAAACCAUGUUCAGGCCCAUCUGGACACCAUUCUUUGCACGGAUGAAUCUGCAUCCGUUCUGAUGGGAAAUUCGCAGUUGGCCGUCGACAUGUUGAGGCGCACAGCCCCUAUGCUCCAAGAGCAGGCACAGGCUUUGAAGGCCGGAUCCGUUCCUACGACGCCCAAGAAGCGCAGGUCUCCGCGGAAUGCUACCCAUACGCCAGGAACACACGCCUUUCGCGUUCGCAUGUAUUGA